CGCAUAUCGAGGUCUUCCAGGUUGAUCACAGAUCAUGGACGGCAGCCGCCCUGAAUCCUCUCGCAAGUCAUCCUCCAACCACGCACCAAGAUCCUUUUGUGAAAGGGCAUCUUCAUACCUUCCGCCACCCAACAUUCACUUCCAAUCUCAGUUUCGUGACCUUGACCCUGAGUCUCGACCAGAUCUACACGCACAGGCUGAAUUUGCGCGUUCUACGGCAUCAGUUGUAAGGUUUGAUGAGUCGCGGAUGUCGCUGUCACACCCCAUCAAUAUGGCUUCUCAAGAAGCCGCCGCAACACCUCGAGAAGCUGUCGUAACUGAAGCAGUCGCAGAAGAACAUUUGGCGACGGACGAACAGUUGAGAAAGGAACAUGCGGCUGCUGGGUCACAUCAUGGGUGAACGAGACGAUCUUGGUUUACAUAUUGGAUUCAUGCGUAGCAAGCUCAGUGGGGCUGAUUAUUGUUUCGAAACGCCUUUAAAUUAUGGAAUCG